AUGGUAUAUUUUCAGUCAAAGUGCAUAUUAGCUUCCAGUUCUUGGGAAGCAGUUUGCGCUCGAAUCUUCAACAUAUAUCCAAAGAAAGGAGCUAUUCUGCCGGGAUCUGAUGCAGAUAUUAUCAUCCUCAAUCCAAAUUCAAGCUUUGAGAUAAGUGCAAAGUCCCACCACUCUAGACUGGACACAAAUGUGUACGAGGGAAGGACAGGAAAGGGAAAAAUUGAAGUGACUAUUGCAGGAGGAAGAGUUGUUUGGGAAAAUGAUGAACUAAAGGUUACUCCUGGUAGUGGGAGAUACAUCCAAAUGCCACCCUUUAGUUAUCUGUUUGAUGGACUGGACAAGAAGGAUGCCAUUUAUCUGAAUUCCCUUCAAGCCCCAGUAAAGCGAGCCAAAGCCAGCAGCUAA